ACACACAUUUCAAAACUUGAAAUUGGAUACGCAGCUCAACAAAUGUUGAUAAAUUCUAUAAAUUUCUUAGAAAAAAUAUUGACAACAUGUAAUAAAAUAGAUAAUCUAAUCAUUAAAGUCUCUGCAUUUGAAAAUAAUCCUGAAAUUAAAAAUUCUAUUAUAUUGAUUAUAAAUGUGCAAAAGCAAUUAAAAAAAUUUAGCUUCAGGGGUGUAGAUAGCUGGAUUGAAGAAAUAAUAAAAGCAGUAUUGCUAUCUCAAGCUAAUUCAUUAAUAUCUAUCAAACUCAAGUGUAUUAACAUCUCAAAAUCUUCAUUAAAUUCACUUGCUAAAUGCAAAAAUUUGGAAAAUUUUGUGAUUUUAAACUAUUCAGGACUUGUAAAAUUACACAAUAAUUUUGAAUUUAAAACUUUGAAAAAGUUAUAUAUUAGAAGACCUUUGAUAAAUAUUAAAGUACCAAACUUGAUAGAAUUAACAUUAGAUGUAUUAACACAGGAAGUGAUGCUUUAUAUAAUAGAAAACUGUCCUAAUAUUACUCAUCUUACUCUCAAUAACUAUCAUCCA